AUGACUGUUUUUCUUUUUACCCGUUUGAUUUCGAUUAUAACCAAUUUCCCCCUCCCUAUCACUUCCUCAAUUCCUUUUCUCCCCUUUUGUCUUAUUAUAACCCUUUUCUUUGGAUUACUUCACUUUUUUCUAUCCCUAGCUACCUUUGACCUGUACGUCGGACUUUUGCCUAUACCCAACCUUACCCCCUCGGCCGUUCGUUUUGAGCUCUCUCUUUCAUUAUUGCUUCGAUUGCCACGGUCACGUUUUGGUCAGGUUUUAGAUUUCAUCAGACGGGCAUACAGAUGGAAUACACUUUCGCGAGAAAGGAGCUACGUCGGGUUCAUUGCCAUGCUACUUUACAUCGGGUUUGCUAAUUUACUUUCCCCUUUGGUUUUUUUUUUCAGUCGACCUUUCAGUUUCUUUGCUUUCUCAUUCCCCUAG